AUGAGCAGCACCUUGGCGAGCGAUGUCGCAGAGCGAGACGGUGCGAGCGGCGACGGCGCAAGCAAGCAGGUCGCAGAAUUGCGGUGUUUGGAUCUGCAAGGAAUCGGGAUGAGAUUCGGCAACCGCAUGAUUCUGGAUGACGUGUCACUCCACGUGAACCCGCGAGAAAUCGUGGGUCUGCUGGGACCCAACGGCGCGGGCAAGAGCACCACCUUCAGCAUCGCCGUCGGCCGCGAGACCCCGACAGCUGGCUCCGUGCGAUUGGCCGGCGCUGACGUCACCGGCCUUCCCCUGGAGCGGCGGGCGCGGAUGGGCGUGGCGUUCCUGGCUCAGGAGGCGAGCAUCUUCCGCGGGCUGAGCGUCGCGGAUAACAUCCGGCUCGUGCUGGAAGAAGGGCCCCUGCCGCACCACCUGCAUGAUGCCCGCAUUGAGGAGCUGCUUCGCAAGUUUGACCUGGUCCACGUGGCACACACUCUGGGGCGCCACCUGUCAGGCGGAGAGCGGCGCAGAGCG